UACAAAAUUUAUUAAUGGGAUAUUCAUUUGACAAAAUAAACCCAGUUUAAUUGGAAGUAAAAUACUUUAUCAUUAAAACCGAAAAACGAUAAUUAUACGGGAAACGGUUUCAGACAUUUUGCAAUAAUUAUGUUGCAAGUAAAGAUCUUUAAGGGCGAAUAAAAUCUAUGCUAUGUACCUCUUAAAUAUGUUUUAAUGUGUCAUUAACUAUAAUUUAAUAUCAAUUAAAAUUGUGUGUAUAUGUGUGUUAGGCUGGAUCAACGUUCAACGGAAUAUAAAUAAUGUAUCGGACAUUUAUAGCUAGAAUUUCAGAUUCAGUUUUUGUGAGGAGAGACGAAGAAAACUCGAUAAUUAAGUAACGUUUGUGGUGUAAGAUUUAUUAAGCUGAAAUGAAAUGAGGUAGAGGAGAAUACUACAGGAUCGACAUACCGACACUUGAUAAAGAUUGUUAUACCUUUUCUCCCUUUUUAGGUUGGGGAUAGACAUUGCGAUAAUGUAUUUCCUGGCGUACCAACCUUCGGACUAAACUGUCAGCAUAGAUGUCAUUGUUAUAAUGAUGACAAAUGCAGCGAAUCAAGAGGUUGUACAAACGGAAGAUGCAAUCUCGGAUGGAUGGGACCACUUUGUCAAUAUCGUAAUAUUGCAAAAGAGUUCAAGGAGACAGCACAAGAAGGAGAAAAUUUUAUUCAACAUUCAGACCUUGCAGUUGAUGGCAAUCUACAAACCUGCAGUGAAACAAACCUGGCCCAAUCUGAUGGUCAACAAGCUUGGAGAGUUCAGUUAAACAGGCCAUAUCGUGUUGUGGGAGUGAAAAUUCAUAUAUUGAUCAACGAUCUGGAAAAUUUCGCAAACUUCCGGAUAGAGACAGGGCCUACAAGUUUGAGUUUUCCAAAUUUAUGUUAUGAACAGCAAAAUAAACCAGCCACCUCCGAGAUCGAAAUAAUUUGUUUAGAGCCGGUUGAAACACAGAACAUCAGAAUUACCCAGUUGUUAGAAAAUGUUCCGUUGCGAAUCUGCGAAUUUGAGAUAUAUGGAGGAAGAGAGAUUGCAUUUAACAUGCCGACAAACCAAUCGACAGAUUACGGAAAUUGGUUGUCUUCCCGAGCCGUCGAUGGUAGAUAUCCUGAUGAAGGUGAAGAACUGAUUAUUGAAGCGAACACAUGUUCGAGAACAGACGGACUAGAAAACAAUCCGUGGCUGUACAUUGACCUGCAACAAGACUUUAAGAUACAAGAUAUGAGCUUCUAUGGUCGACAUACAACAUUAGAACAAUCUAAGGGUUUCUACAUAUCAGUUGGUGAGGUUGCACAUAGCGGAAUAACUAUUUUCCAAGAUACUGUUGACGGUACGACCAAUCCUGCCCACUAUAGUCCCCGUACCACAGAGCUAACUACUGAAUAUGUAGCAAAGGUCGUACAAAUUGGUAUACAACCAUACAGUGGAACAGCUACAUUGUCAGUAUGUGAAAUGCAUAUAUUUGCAGAUUGUGUUGUGAAUAAAUGUGGGUGGAAUUGUGAAAAGAAUUGUUACUGUGAUGGAGAAGUAACAGGGAAAAUGAAAAUAGACGGUAUUUGUCCAUAUGGGUGUUCUGGAAGAUGGACGGGACAAAAUGGUGCAUGCGAUAUUGAAUGUGGUGAAACCGAAUGGGGUGAAAUGUGCAAACGCAAAUGCGGAAACUGCUUGAAAUUUCCUUGUGAUCUGAAAACUGGACAGUGUGGCGGUGGUUGCAGUGGACCCUGGCUUCCACCGCUCUGCACACAGGCGUGUGAAGCGGGCACGUAUGGCACAAACUGUUAGAAAAGAUGUGGUCAUUGCAAUCAUGGAAAUACCUGUGACAUUGGGACUGGCUUUUGUCUUCAAGGUUGUGACCCAGGAUGGCAGGGUGAUCGUUGUGACAAAGAAUGUCCGUCACAACGUUUCGGAGCAGACUGUAAACAACGAUGUUACUGCUAUGACGGUGUAGAUUGUAGUAAGGAUUUAGGAAAAUGCCCAGGUGACUGUGCCCCAGGAUAUAAUGGCAUUCAUUGUGAUAAUG